CCAACUCUUUAGGGAAAGGAUGAAAUAAAGGAAGCAAGGAUAUUGGGCACCUUGAACAGCUUCUGGAUUGUGAUUGGUUAAUUCGGUGAAGCUCAGCCCCGGGUCUCUGAAACAGGACUGAGAUUGUGUUUGGGGUGGACAGACGGGUUACCUGAGAGAAGUCAACAGUUCAGAAUGCUGCUGGAAGUUUUAUUCAUCCUUCAUGUUCUUAAGAGUCAGGUGCUGACCGUUGAAUCUUCAUCCUCCUCCUCUGAGUCGGACGAGAGCAGUGAACCGGAUGAAGAACACAGUAAAGGUUCCUCUCAUCAGCAACACUGGGGUUACCAUGAUCAGGAUUCGUGGUUAUCUUCAUAUGAAGAUUGUGGUGGAAAAUCUCAGUCUCCCAUUAACGUGAACACACGUCAGGUGACGUAUGAUCCCAGACUUCCUGUGAUUCAUCUGGAGGGUUAUGACCUCACAGACAGGCCUCCUCUUUCCCUCCUUAACAAUGGACACACAUUGCAGUUGUCUCUGCCGAACAGCAUGCGUAUUGUCGGAGGAUUUCGUCAGAUUUAUGUCGCAGCUCAGCUUCAUUUCCACUGGGGAACAACAGAGGUGCCGGGUUCAGAACACACCAUUGAUAACAUUCAUUUCCCUGCCGAGAUUCAUGUGGUUCAUUACAACUCCAAAUACCCAAAUCUUUCUGAGGCCGCCAGUAAAGCAGAUGGAUUGGCCGUGUUUGGAGCAUUCAUAGGUAUUGGCCUUUAUGAAAAUGACAACUAUGAAAAGAUCUUGUCUGCUUUGACAGACAUCAGCAGAGAGGAGUCAAACACUGAGGUUCCUGCUUUUAACAUCCGCCAUCUUCUGCCAAACAGUCUGGAGAGGUUUUACAGAUACAACGGCUCCCUGACAACUCCUCCGUGCUUUCAGACGGUCAGCUGGACGCUCUUCAAUGACACCAUCAGAGUGUCAAGAAGACAGCUAGCUGCUUUGGAGGACACAUUGAAAACAGAACACAACAAACUCUUAUCCAGAAACUUCAGAGCGCCACAACUUCUGCAUAACAGAAACGUUCUGACGUCUUUCCAAACAGUAGCUGCUGCAGGGAGUGCCAGAGGAGCCCAUCUGUCUGAAACUGAAGAUGCGAAUAUUAAGGAAUCAAGUGAAACUCAGGAAGCAUUCUCAAAAGGGGAUGUUCUGGCUAUUGUCUUUGGAGUUCUCUUUGCAGUCACACUGUUGGCCUUCUUAGUGUAUGCAUAUCAACAACGGAAAAAGUACUCAAAGUAUAAAAGACAUUCGAAGCAAAACGUAAUUUAUAAACCAGCUGUGAAAGAAGAGGCAUAGAUCAAACCUGCGCAUGUCCUGAUCCAUUACUGAGAAGUGUUUAACAUGAAGAUCUGCUGUUUUAUUAUGCAUGAAGUUUAGAAAUGAAUUUCUGUAUUUUAAACCCCCCCAAUAAUUUAUUUGCAUAUUAAUCAAAGCAUCAUGUUGUCCGUUUGUGUUAUGUUUAAAAACAGUAAUUCAGUUCAAUUCAUGUUUAUUUAUAAAUUAAAAUGAGGAAAAUUAUUUCAUGUUAUUAACAAAAUCAUGUUGUAUGUUUAAGUUUUCAUGUUCUGCUCGCACAAACAAUGUUACUCUACACCAGCAUCUAACCAGAGCUUAGUUAUAUAGUCCGGUUAACAGUUGUAGGCUGUUUUUAGAAUUGUUAGUUUUGUGUAUCUUUAAAUGUAUCUUUCUUAUUUAUUUCCUGUUUAAAAAGUCAUUUGUUUUCUAUAUAUUCAUCAUUUUUAGUUACAGUGUUCCUUUAGUUCAGUUGGUUGAGCAAAUGUGUAAAGGUUGUGGGAUUGAUUGUGGGGACUUUGGAUGAAAAAACAUCUUUGAUUGUGUAAAUUUGCCUGUAAAUUUCUUGGUGGUGGGCGGUGA